GACGAUCACGCCCCCUCUACAGCACAUCACCGCUCCUACCCCAUUCCGACGCCAGCACCAGCACGUUUUCCUUGACAGCCCCUGCUGUACAUAACGUGGGAAGAAAUCGAAAUAAUUAAGUUCGCCUCAGCAAGUCGCUUAACAAGUUUCUGGACCGUGAAGAGCUUUUAUACCUGUUAGAACUCAUCACGCUAGGAAAAUGUCCGCUUCACCAACUAUUGCAGCUUCGUCAGCCAAGAGACCUCUCGAAGAGCCGUCAUCGCCUGCCGGACCGAAUGACCAGCCCGAUGCCAAGCGCCCUGCCCUAGACAAGAUGGUAAGGGACGACCAGGCCGCAGAGGACAUCACGACGUCUGCCGGUUCUGUUAAAGCGGAGAGCAUCGCUGCCGAGGACAUCAAGACAGAUGUGAAGGCAGAGGAUGAUGCUGCCGCCCCGAACGGCACCGAUACCCAAGUCGACACAGUAGUCCCAGAUGCCCCAUCAGCUUCAGCCAUCCUCGAAACCCAGCCUAUCCAGUCAACAUCUGGGGCGCAUGGCCGGCCAAUUAACCAUAACCAGCACCAGGAUGAGACCAACUGGCUCCACCUGCGCGCCUGCAUUAGCACCACCGAGGCAGCCACCAUCAUUGGAAAAGGAGGAGAGAACGUCACGCAGAUCCGUCGCAUGUCUGGUGCAAAGUGCACUGUGAGCGACUAUUCGCGUGGGGCUGUGGAGCGAAUCCUGACGGUGAGCGGUCAGGUCGAUGCUGUAUCAAAGGCAUUUGGUCUCAUCGUGCGCACUCUCAACCAAGAGGACCUCGAGGCCCCGUCUACGUCUACAUCCAAGACAUACCCCAUGCGCCUGCUGAUUCCCCACAUUCUAAUUGGUUCCGUCAUCGGCAAGGCUGGUGUGCGUAUCCGAGAAAUCCAGGAUGCGUCGAAUGCGAAGCUCAACGCCUCGGACUCACUCCUUCCUAACUCGGGUGAACGUUCGCUUGUGGUUCUUGGCGUCGCAGAUGCUGUCCAUAUUGCUGUCUAUUAUGUAGCCCAGACCCUUGUCGAGCAGCUAACCGUCAAGUUUGGUGGGCCAGCAGCGUCUCAGUAUGCAACCCGUAGCGGUGUCGCAGCAAAUGUGGUUCCUGGCGGUAUGUCGGUUCAGCCAUACGUCCCGCAGCCUGCCGGAGGUCAAUAUGGCCACCCGGACAACUACCGCCGUCACACGAACCAGGCUCAACGCACUCCUGCCAACCCGUACGGCAUGCCCUACCUACACGGACAGGCGCCACAACAGCAGCCCCAGCCGAAUAUGCACUAUGGAGCAGGCUCUCCGGCUCGUGGUCCCUAUGCUGCUGCAGGCCCCGCUCAACCCCAACCCUAUGUUGGUCACCACGCCGCUGCCGCUCAACCUGCUGCCCAUGGUGCUGCUCCAGCUCAGCCGAUGAAUAUGCACGGGGGGCAACCCUUGACGCAACAGAUCUAUAUCCCCAACGACAUGGUCGGUGCUAUCAUUGGCAAGGGCGGUGCUAAAAUCAACGAGAUCCGCCAGUUGAGCGGCAGCGUUAUCAAGAUCAAUGAGCCACAGGACAACAGCAACGAGCGUCUUGUUACAAUCUCUGGUACUGCAGAAUGCAACCAGAUGGCUCUAUAUAUGUUAUACUCUCGACUCGAAUCCGAGAAACAUCGAAUUUGAGUGAGACACACUGACCGGAUACACCCUUUUUGGAACUGCUAAUUCAUCAUAUCACAGGAACUAUACCUCACUCGGAAUGCUCAAGGGACUGGGACCAACUACUUUCGAUAUGUAAAAUAGAAUUCCUUGACGGUCUUCAACACAAAUGGGCAAGUGGCUUGGUGCGGGGCAUGGGUUCUGGG